ACAGCAAAAAAGGAAGAUGGCAAGACUAUUGUUACUUUUCCUCCCAGGUCUUGUGGCCAUAUGUGCCGUGCAUGGAAUAUUUAUGGACAGACUUGCUUCCAGGAAGCUGUGUGCAGAUGACGAGUGUGUCUAUACUAUUUCUCUGGCCCGAGCUCAAGAAGAUUACAGUGCCCCAGACUGUAGAUUCAUUAACGUUAAAAAAGGGCAGUGGAUCUAUGUUUACUCAAAGCUGGUAAAAGAAAAUGAAGCUGGAGAAUUUUGGGCUGGCAGUGUUUAUGGCGAUCAACCUGAGGACGAGAUGGGAACUGUGGGUUAUUUCCCCAGCAACUUGGUCCAGGAGCAACACGUGUACCAAGAAGCCACCAAGGAAGUUCCCACCACGGUAAGCGUCCUGGAGGUGCCAGGGAAGGACUCAGAUCUCAAGGUAAUAAUGUAGAUGUAGGCAGGUGUGAAUAAUGCAUCAUGCAACUUACGAGGUGCAUCAUGAAAAGCCCCCCGACACUUUCAGUGGUGACAUCUCUAGACAACGAGAUUUGGGGGAGUUUUUAUACCUACUAUCAAUGUUGAAAGGUUAGUGAAAUUUCUCUACCAACCCCCUUUGUUUUAGAUGCAAGUUAUCCUGGAAAGGGCUCCAUGUCACAAAGAAAGAAACCAACAUAAUAUUAGCUGACUCUUACUGAUGGGUACACUUGUUGACUAAAGACUUGG